UUGUUUGGGCGGCCCUGCUCAUUCAGGCGGAUAGAGAGCAGGAGGAGGAAGAGGAGGAGGAGGAGGAGUGUGUGUGUUUGUCGGCAGACAGUCAGUCAGGAGGACCGGAGUCCCAGCGGCAGUUUGGGAGAGUCUGAGCGGGGAAAACUGUGUCCAAUACAGGAGAAGUCAGAAGGGGGAAUCCGCAAUGAGUUGGGGAACGGAGCUCUGGGACCAGUUUGAUAAUCUGGACAAACAUACUCAGUGGGGGAUCGACUUUCUUGAGCGCUAUGCAAAGUUUGUCAAGGAGAGGCUGGACAUAGAGCAGAACUACGCCAAGCAGCUACAGAACUUGGUGAAGAAAUAUUGUCCAAAACGCCCUAAAGAUGAGGAGCCGAGGUUCACGUCAUGUCUGUCCUUCUACUCCAUACUGAAUGAACUCAAUGACUAUGCUGGUCAGAGGGAGGUGGUGGCGGAGGAGAUGGCUCAUAAGGUGUAUGGAGAGCUGAUGAGGUACAGCCAAGACCUCAAAGCUGAGAGGAAGCAUCAUCUACAGGAGGGCAGGAAGGCCCAGCAGCAUUUGGAUCAUUGCUGGAAACAGAUGGACAAUAGUAAAAGGAAGUUUGAGAGAGAAUGUAGAGAAGCAGAGAAAUCCCAGAUUACCUACGAUCGGUUAGAUAAUGACAUCAACGCCACCAAAUCAGAGGUGGAGAAGGCCAAAGCCCAGUUCUACCUGCGGACUCAUAUGGCUGAUGAGAGUAAGAACGAGUACGCUGCUCAGCUACAGAACUUCAACGCAGAGCAAUGGAAACAUUUCAACAACGCCAUACCACACAUCUUCAAGAAUCUGCAGGACAUGGACGAACGUCGGACAGUGAAGCUCGGAGAGACGUACCGGAGCUUUGCUGAGGCAGAGCGGAGAGUCAUUCCCAUCGUCUCCAAAUGUCUAGAAGGAAUGGUUUCUGCUGCCAAAGCUGUCGAUAUUCGAAGGGAUUCAGCCAUUGUCGUGGAGUCGUUCAAAUCAGGCUUUGAACCUCCAGGGGACUUCCCCUUCGAGGACUUCAGUCAGAAUCUGAGCAGAACGGGUUCAGAUGGGACCAUCAGCAACACUCCCAAAGGAGAAAGAGACAAAGAUGGGGCCCCGGGGCCACGACCCGACCCAAAACACCCUAUGAGCAAAACCAAGAACAAGCUGUGGCUGUUUGGGAAGAAACCAAAGGCCCCAUCUCUGGAGGAUUUCAGCCACUUACCCCCUGAACAGAGGAGGAAAAGGCUGCAGCAGAGGAUCGACGAACUCAGCAAAGAGCUCCAGAAAGAGAUGGAUCAGAGAGACGCCCUGAACAAGAUGAAGGAUGUGUAUGAGAAGAAUCCACAGAUGGGAGACCCCAGCAGCCUGCAGCCCAAAAUAUCAGAGACCAUAUGUAACAUGGAGAAGCUGCGCUCGGAAAUCCACAAAAACGAGACUUGGUUAUCUGAGGUGGAGGGAAAGCAGAGCUCCAGAGGAGACAGAAGACACAGCGCUGACAACCACCAUCACACUCCUCAAGGCAGAGAGAGUCCUGAGGGCAGUUAUACAGAUGACACCAGUCAGGAGAAUCACACACCUCACCACCACCACUCCAGUCCUCCACAGCCCGGACACCCCAGCACAGACCCCCAUGAGUUUGAUGAUGAAUUCGAUGACGACGACCCACUGCCUGUCAUCGGACACUGCAAAGCGCUCUACUCCUUUGAUGGUCAGAACGAGGGGACGCUGGUGAUGGCAGAAGAUGAGGUGUUGUACAUCAUUGAGGAGGAUAAAGGCGACGGCUGGACGAGGGCGAGGAAGCAGAGUGGAGAGGAGGGCUACGUCCCCACCUCCUACGUAGAAAUCACCAUGGAGAAAAACAGCAAAGGUUCCUGAGGGCUGCAGGGUGGCCGGGCGAUUUGAUUGGUUGGUGGAGGGCUCAUGCUGAUUGCUGAUUAUUGGUGGUGGGGGUGAUGAAAAAAGAGAGUGAUAAGGGGAAAGAGAGUGGUAGAGAGGGAAAGAGAGAUGAUGUGGGGUGGGAGGCAGGUUUGCAUGUCUGCAUGCUCACAUAUCCAUAAUCAUUCUGGGAUACCAGAGGAAGAAGAGAGGGUCAUCAGUAGAAGAGGAGACUACCUUAAAGCCAAAAACAGGCACUAAUAUAAUUUCAUAAGUGGCAGCCACUGGAGAAGUCCCAACCUGACCUGCAGGAAUUUCUAAACUUUUUCUCCUGGUGGUGAAACAGUCUGUAAAACGGCCUUCUCAGACUGGAAAGUGACAACUGCUGCAGCUUCAGCUAAACCUGCAUAUAGUAGUAGUUGUCUUCUCUGCAUCCAGCUGCAAAAGUUCGACAUGAUAAAACACCCCACAACCCCUCUCCUCUGCUGCUGGGCUGGAAGAUGAAGCUACUGCCAGAUGUUUGUUGAAAUAAACAGAAGCUGCAACUUGCCGCUUCCUGGUCUGUAAGGGUCUUAAAAGAUAGGACUUCUGUGAUGGCAACACAUCUUUAACAGCCUUGUUUAGGGAUAAAAUUCAAUCACAUCGGGGGGGCAUUCAAGUAUGUAGCACCUUGUUUUUACCUUUGAUAGCAAAUACAAAGCACCUGCUAUGACCUCACUAAUUGGGGUGUGGCUAAGCGUAAAAUAUACAUGAGUACUUGAAAGUUUCAGCUCAUAGAGAGCAGUACAACAGCAGGUUUUCCUGUCUGAUUUGGUGUUGAUUAUUCCUUUAAUGAUGGACAGAGCAUCUCCCCACCUCACUGAUUCACUUGUAUGCUUUGUGCUUUUAACAGGACUGCUUGCCUUAAAUGAAUUACAGUAGGUGUUGGUCCAAGUGUUGGAGGAAAACUUUCUCUAAGCCUUUUGUAGUGGCUACCAUUGAAGCUUCUUUUGUUAGCAUUUGUAGCAUUUUUCACACAAAUGAAUGGGCUCCACAAACCAUAAAAUAGCAUUUUGACAAGAAAUUCUCACCACAAAGUCCCCUUGAUGACAUGGUAUCAUCUGCCAAGGAAGACUAUGUGAUGUGGCUGACACCUUUGGAAACACCAAGUAAGUGAACCUGGUGGUGAGCUAUUUCUUGGUCAAAACUGCUAUUUCUAACAUCAAGAAUAGACCCUCAAGUUCCAAAUAAAAUAGCACGUUUUCUCUUUGAGCUGUCUCAGCUUGCUUUGUAAGGAGAUUUUUUAAAAAUAUUUAAAUAUUUCCUUGCCAUUUCCUACAUGACUUUUCCCCCAACCUUUUGGUUCAGCUCCUCGCGAGAGAAAAUCAAACUCAUAAGUGUCAGGGUUUGUCACCGUCAAGGGUCAGUUUUGCUCACAGUAUUUGCUGCCACUAACAAUGUCAGUGUUGCACUACUCCAACUCACCCCCUUCAUCAUCUGUGCUCUGUUGGUGAUGUCCGCCUGUCUGCCUGAGCCACUCUGCUCCUCAUGCCUGCCUUCACCCUCAUACAGUCGCAUGUCCUUAACGUGUCCUAAAUGUGUCCCAAACAUGAUCGAGUGUUUCAUUUGUGACUUUAACUGCAACUUUUAUAAAAGUGUGUGUGCGCAUCUUUGGCUGAGUUGUAUGUUGAAUGCCACAUCGUCAUGAUGUUUUAAUGGAAGUCCAGCAUGAGUAUGAUUUUAUUUUUGUGCGUUUUAGUGUCUCCCAAACAGCAGCGGGGUAAAAUCAAUGCAACUCAUUAGGCAGAUAGCAGGACUAUUAGGUGAAUACAGGACCUCUCUACCACUUUUAUCUUCCCACCUUUCCUCUCCUUUUCUUCCUGGGUUGUAAUGCCACCAGUCGACCAGCAGAUGGGAGCCUUCCCUCACCAAACCACCAGCUCAGCUCGAGCAUGACUGGGCCACUUUCAGUAACACCAAACAUCAAAAGGAGUUCCGGUGUCUUUGCAGUCAGACUCUGCCUUAAAACUUUGGGUCGUUUUACUGUGGAAGGAUUAUUCCACGCCUGUGUCUGCUCUUCUGCCUGUCUACAUCUCCCAUCAGCCAUCUGGGCUCAGCUCUGCCUCCUUGGGGACUCUCAACUUCAUCUCCAUGAAAAGUUUUUUCCCUAUUGAAUCAGUUGUAUUUGUGAAUGUGACGACACGCGCGCAUGUAUCAACGUCAUAUUCACACAUUUAUGGAAAGCCAAACAGGCCACAAACAGUUUUGCAUGUUUGGCCUUUCCAUAAACAUUAACGUGUAAAUGUGCCUGUGUUACGUGCGUGACGUUAGUUUUUACCAUUGAAUGAUUUGUACAUAUUAACAUCUUUUAUGUCAUGCUGAAUGUGUUUCCAUGGUGAUUGUUUUUAGGUUUGUGACACUCUUCAUGAGAAACAACAAGGUUUGAAUUAAACUGAUGCACUUUGCCCUGAAGUACUACAGAAUUUGAAUCAGAUUAAAUGAACGAGUGAGUGACUGAAUGAAUGAAGGUCUGUGUUGUCUGCUGAAGGAGGAGUGAACUUUAUGAAUGACCACUGUGUAGCAGAAAGAAACAAAAACAGCUCUAGUAUUUCUCUCUUCCUGAUGGUUUUUAUACUCUUUUUGUAACUCUUGACGAGCAAUUAAUGACUUUCUUUGCAUGAUUUUCUAGAUUCUUUAAAUUCAUUUGUCUUUCUGGUGAUUGUUUUUUAACCAUUCACUGUAUCUCUUCAAUAGACUAACAAAACUACACAUCUGAAGUAAAGUUUGACUUCCUUUUGAUGCUAUUAAAGACAAAAAUGCCACUAAUGAUUCCACUCUUGUCGAUUUAAACAGCAGGUGGCAACAACGCCUUAGUUGUAAUCUGUGUUUUUUCGAUGAAGCUGUGAAAUGUACAGAAUGAUGCUGUAGGUGUUGUUACUUGAACUUUCGGUCGCGCUACUCUACAAUUCCUCUCCUGUCUGCGCCAUUUUGCAUCGGACAUUGGAGAAAUUGUUCGACAUUGUGAGAAAUUUGCUUUCCACAAUUUGACGUUUUUACACUUUCUAUGGAUGAAACAAACACGACACGAAUUUUGUUUCCUUUUGGACAGAGCCAGGCUAGCUGUUGCCCUCUGUUUCCAGUCUUUAUGCUAAGCUAAGCUAACCGGCUGCUGGCUGUAGCUUCAUAUUUACCGUACAAACAUGAGUGGUUUCGAUCUUAUCUAACUCUCCGCAAGAAAGUGAAUAAGCGUAUUUCCCCAAAAUGUCCAACUAUUCUUUUAAGAUUCCCUCCACGCUGAUUGGGCGCAAUGAAAGUAACCUUUCGGUUUCUGCAGUCUAUCAGUUUUUGCUUUUUAUGAUGCCUUCUAAACAUGUACACAGAUCCAGCAGUGCUUUUUGUUUUGUGUACAUAUCUGAUGUCAUGGUUUUCCAAACAAUGACGAGCUACAGCUAGCCUGCUUGUGAUUCCUUAAGUUAACCUGAAACUAAACUAUGAUAUAAGAUGUGUGCAGCGAAGUGUUGCAUCUUAGAGUUUUUUUGUUCCAGUUGUAAUGCAGUCAUGCUGUUGAAUUCUAUUUCUGUUUUGAAGCGGUCGAGGUUGCGACUAUUUGUUUUCCAUUAUCGUUUUUAUUUUUGAUUGUUUGUAAAAUGUAAAAACAAAUGGUGAAUAAUGCCUAUCGAAAGUUUGGAGAGCUGAAGGCGAUGUCUUCCAAUGCUAAAGAGUCCAAAACCCAAAGAUGUUCAAUUAAAAUGAAAAGACAUUUCUGCAAAAGAAGAAAAAUCCCACCAGUUUCAUCACUAAACCCUUCUUGUAAUUGUAAAUGUGCAGUCAGAUGCAGACAUGCAAGAUUUAUUUGUAGUGGAGAUAAUCCUCUGAAAAAGAUGGAUAAGAUAAAGGCAAUGAUAUAUAGAAGAACACAGCAGUCAUCUGUGCCCGGAUAAAUUAGUGUUUAUGUUGCUGUCAGGAUGCUUGCAGGCAUUUUUACUAACUCGUAAACAGACGGUACAUUCCAAAUUAUUAUUCUCUUCUCCAAUUUCCAUCUUUAGGUUGGCUCAUAUGCAUGUUUGGAGUGUACUGUCCCUUUUAAUCAAAGAAUACAUGUCAGAAGUAACACAGCAGCUUUGAAAUGAGAAACUCACUGAAAGUCCUAUUAACGGUUAAUUUUUUACCAUUAAUAUACAUAUUAAAAACUGAGCUGAGUAUGAUAAUAGCCACUGUGCUGUAAUUCUGAAUAUUAUGCAAAAAUACAUAACAAAUCAGCUUUGAGAUGCUAAAUAUUAAGUUCUUGUACAAACACUUCUUCACUGAAACCUGCCAAGCUACUGUGAGCGUGGUGCUGUUUUCCACCGAGCAAAAACCAGCCGUGUUCUUCUACAUUCGUCUUUUUAAACUCUUGACCAUCAUGUUUGUCCUGUGGAAACUUUGUACAGAUUCUCUCCAGGUGUUUGACUCAUAAUGAAACCUUUAAAAAAAAUCGGCAUCAAAAUCCAAUCAGUAAAUAAAAACAACGACAGGUACAAGGUGAUUUUGCAGGAUAUUAACAUCCAUGUAAUGUAUGUGUUUUUACCAUGUUGUAUAUGUUGUAAUAACCAAUGGCAGUACUUCUCUCUCAUAUUGUUGUGCACAUCUUUUUACUUUGAAUGUUGUCAAACACUUUGUGAACAAAAUGCUUUUUUUCUUUCUUCUUCCAAGAUAUUGUUCUAAUAAAAUAAGCAGCAACGAAAA